AUGACGCUAGCAGUGGGCAGCAUGAUCUUUCACCACCAAUUUCACUACGUAUUGCAGAUUGUCCUGACUACAACUGCUCUGGUGAGUGCGGUGCCCUACCAGGAGUAUAUCCUGGCUCCCACGUCUCGAACCCUCCACCCUGUUUCGGUGCGAACAGUCAAUGGUACCGUUUUGAACGCAUCAAGCUUGGCGAAGGGUCAAGGCGGCACCACGUUCGCCAGUGACUAUGUCGGCUUCACAUUCAGCGAGAGCUCCAUCUGGAUCUCUGGACAAACCUGCGACUCCACCACUGGCGACGAUGAGCCCUUGUGGUUCCCAGUGACGCGGGAGGUUCGGAUCAAUAACCACUCGGUCUAUUUCACCGCUAUGCCGCACGUGGCAGAUGGAGCUCUUGGAAGGUAUUCAGGGUAUUUCCACUCCGACGAUAAUAAGCUCAGUCGGGUGUGCCUUGUCGGUGACUCGGGCUUAAUGAACGUUACGAGUUCGGCUGACUGGGGUCGGGUCGGGAUGGGUGGACAUAGCAUCGAGGCCAACUCUAUUCUUUAUUACACCCUCAAUGUUGGCCUGGGGCUUGCCAAAAUCGUGGGAGACGCAUCCGUCACCAGUAUUUGGCAACAACACGCCAAAACGAUCAAGCAGGCCGCCAACGCUCGGCUGUGGGAUGCCAGCGCAGGCCUCUAUCGUGACAACGAAACCACCACGUUGUAUCCGCAAGACGGCAAUUCAUGGGCGGUCGUGUCCAACAUUACCGCGAACAGCACUCAGAUAGCGUUGAUUUCGGCGAAGCUGGCGCCGCGCUGGACCAAAGUCGGCGCCCCGGCUCCUGAAGCGGGAAGUACGGUGUCACCCUUCGCUUUAGGCUUUGAGCUCCAGGCGCAUUAUGUGGCCGGCCAGCCGGAGCGCGCGAUGAAUCUCAUGCGCCGCAUGUGGGUCGAUUUCAUGCUCGAUGACCCGCGCAUGACCAACAGUUCCUUCAUUGAAGGCUAUUAUAGCGACAGAGCGCUGCACUAUGUGCCUUAUGACCUCGACUCGCGCAUCAGCCAUGCAAGACGUGGGCCUUGA